CAUGCCAGGAAGGCCAGGAAGUACUUCGCUCUUUGGAGUUUGUUAAUCAGGGAACCGUUGCCGUGAUGUCCUUGAUGUGAUCGUGUGAUGUGGACUUUUGUUCUUGUGAAAGAUGACCAAGAUGACAUUAGAAUGAAAUCACAUGGCUUGAGGGCGUGUCAAGAUCGAGAAGAUUGUUGUUUGGUUGUGUUUGUGUGUCUUUUGAUAGUCAGUAUAUCUUCAGCCACAAUGUGUGAUAAUUAUGUAGAAGAAGGAGCAGCAGAGGCAUUGCAGAAGGUUGCCGAGGGAAAUGUUCAUUUCACCACCAGCCUGUAUAAGGCAGUUUCCAGCAAAGAUGGCAAUGUGCUCAUCUCGCCAGUCAGUGUGGAGCUGGUGUUGGCGCUUGCUUACAUGGGGGCUGCAGGUAGCACAGCAGAGCAGAUUGCAUCAGCCCUUCACUUGCCUCUGGACAGAGAAGAUGUGAAGACAGGCUUUGCAGCACUCCUUGGCUCACUCAAGAGCUCAGAAGAUAUGACACUGGAGAUUGCCAACAAAGUAUUCUCACAGAUCAACUACAGCAUUUUGCCAGAGUACAGGGCAGUAGCAGAGAAAUUCUUCCUUUCUGGAGCUCAGGAGCUUGAUUUUGCAGAUGGCGAGGGCUCCAGGAAAGUUAUCAACAGCUGGGUUGAAUCAAAAACAAACAACAAGAUCAAAGAUUUGAUACCCUCAGGAGUACUGAAUGAUCUCACAAGGCUUGUGCUAGUGAACGCUGUGUACUUCAAGGGGCUGUGGCACAGUCCAUUCAGUGCAGCCAACACAGUGCCAAAUGAGUUCCACCUGAGUAGCAGGGAGAGUAAGAUGGUCCCAAUGAUGUGUAAAACAGAUGAUUUUGGCUACCUGACAUCUCAGGAGUUGGAUGCAGAUAUAUUGGAAAUGCCUUACAAAGAUCAGAAGGUCAGCAUGUUUAUCAUCCUGCCUCAUGAUGUAGAUGGAAUCUCUAAACUGGAGGAGAAGUUGGCCAGUGAGAACCUUACCAAAGUUUUGCUACGCCUGCCAAAGCGAAAAGUAAGAGUCUCGGUGCCAAAAUUUAAACUGGAGGAGACAACAGACCUCAAAAACAUACUCAAGGAGUUGGGUAUGACAAGCAUGUUCCUGCCCUUGGAAGCUGAUUUCUCUGGGAUUUCUGGACACACAGAUUUAUAUGUUAGCAAGGUUAUGCAGAAGGCAUUCAUAGAUGUGAACGAGGAGGGCAGCGAGGCUGCAGCAGCUACUGCUGCUGUCUUGAUGCUGAGGUGUGCACAACUGCCUCUCAAAGAGUUCACCGCCAACCAUCCAUUUGUUUUUGUGAUCAAGAACGUUCAAAUAGGAGUUGUUUUGUUUGCUGGGCGAUUUUCAUAUGUUUAGUUCUUACAGGUAAAACUGUGCAGUGUAAGAAGUUCACAUUUUUCUGUAAGCAGCAUGUUAGUUAUUUUUAGUGGACAGUUUUCUAAAGUGUGGACUCGGUAAUGUAAAAGAUUAAUGGAACAGUUCCAGGUUAAGUCAUAAAGCCUGCUUUGCUGUCUGACAGAUGUUGCAAAUGUGUUGCUAACUAAGUAACUAGUCUGUUACUAACUGUAUGGACUUCUUUAUUUGCUGAGUUAAAUUCCUAACAUUUUGUGGAAGCUGAAGGUUCAUUGUAUUGUAUUUAUUCAGUAUUCCAGACAUCCACAAGAUGAAUACAGAACUUGUCCUCACUUAGUAUAUACAAACCAAUUACAAAAGUUGUUUACAUGGAACAAUACAACAGUAUAAAAUAUAAACUCAUUAAUUAUAACAAAAUAGGCAUUAUAGAGUUGUUUACAAUGAACAAAAAAAUCAUAAAUUACAAAUAUAAUACACAAGUGAGCCAUAAAAUUUACAUUCAGAUAUGUUAUUAUAACUACUCUCGAUAUUGAUCAAAGUACUCUUCCAAUGAGUAGAAUGAAUUCAUCUAUAAAAUUUUUUUAAAGUGGUUUUGAAUUUAGCUAUGUUACCAAUAACAUUCUUAAUAUGAGAGGGUAAUUGGUUAAAGAUUUUUAUCCCCGAAUAAUAGGCUCCCUUUUGAUAAGUGGAUAAAUUUGCCUGUGGAAUAUAUAAGUUAUUACUUUGCCUAGUUUCAAGGUUCUGACUUUAAAUGCUUGUUAUAAAAGGUCUUUAUGUUGAGCUACAAACAUCAAUAAGGACAAUAAAUAUUGAGACGUCAGAGGCAAAAUA